AGAAGCUCGAGCACGGACUCAGCCACGCCCCCCUGCUUCGGCACCCUGCCAGGUGAGACUCUGCCGCCUCGCCCCUCCCGCAGCAAUGAAGGCCGCCGCGCUCCUGGUGCUCGCGACCGCCCGCGCCGCCGCCGCCGACGAGGUCAGCCCAGUCGGCAAGGUGCUGCAGCUCAUCUCGGACUUGCAGACGAAGGUCGUGGGCGAGGGGGAGGAGUCGCAGAAGGUCUUCGAGGAGUACUCCGAGUGGUGCGAGGAGCGCAGCAAGCACCUCGCCUUUGACAUCAAGACGGGGGAGGCGGAGUCCGCGCAGCUGAAGGCCACCAUCUCGGAGGAGGCGGCCCUGAUCGCGUCGCUGACGACGAAGGCCGAGCAGCUGGCGUCCGAUAUCGCCACCGACCAGGCGGACCUCAAGGCCAGCACCUACAUUCGCGAGAAGGAGGCCGCGGAAUUCUUGGCUGAGAAAACGGAGCUAUCCGAGAUCAUCGACACGCUCGAGCGGGCCAUUGGCCUCCUGGAGAAGCACGGCGCCUCGAUGCUGCAGCUCCGGUCGGCCAGCACCGUGGCCGACGCCCUCGCCGUGAUGGUCAAGGCGUCCAUGUUCAGCUCCGCCGACGCCGGCAAGCUGAACGCCUUUGUGCAGCAGGGCUCGGAGGACGGCGGUGACAACAUGGGGGCACCGUCCGCCGCGGUGUACGAGGGACACUCGGCUGGCAUCGUCGCCACCCUGACGGACCUCCUGGAGAAGGCCCAGGCGCAGCUGCAGGGUGCCUCGAGCACCGAGACGGGCAGCCUGCACGCCUUCCAGCAGCUCAAGCAGUCCAUCGAGGACGAGAUCGCCUACGGCGAGAAGGAGCUGGCGGAGGCCAAGGCGGGAAUCGCGGCGAGCGGCGAGAAGAAGGCCACGGCUGAGGGCGACCUGGCGAGCACGACCGCGGAUCUCGGCACGGACGCGAAGACCAAGGCGGACCUGCACCAGGAGUGCAUGACCAAGGCGCAGGAGUUCGAGUCGGAGGUCAAGUCUCGCGCCGAGGAGCUGAAGGCGCUGGCGGAGGCGAAGAAGGUCCUCGUCGACAACACUGGGGCGGCGGACUCCCUGUCUUACGGCCUGAACCAGGUCUCGCUCCUCCAGAAGCUCACCUCCAGCACCGACCUGGCCCACUUCGAGGCCGUGCGCUUCAUCAGGGACCUCGCUCGCAAGCAGAACUCCAAGGCCCUCGCGCAGCUCGCCUCCCGGAUGGCGACGGCGGUGCGGAUGAGCUCCGGCGGGUCCGAUCCGUUCUCGAAAGUGAAGGGCCUCAUCAGGGACAUGAUCGAAAGCCUCGAGAAGGAGGCGGGGGCAGACGCCAAGCACAAGGCCUACUGCGACAAGGAGAUCGCGUACGCCGACGAGAAGAAGGCCAAUCGUGUCUCCGAGAUCGAGAAGCUCACGACUUCGAUCGACCAGAUGUCUGCGAGGUCCGCACAGCUCAAGGAGGAGGUCGCCGCCCUGGAGAAGUCCCUGGCGGACCUGGCCGCCUCCCAGGCGGCAAUGGACAAGCUUAGGGCCCAGGCCGAGUACGACCAGGCGACGAAAGACAUCGAGAUCGAGACUACCACGAAGAACCAGGACGUCAAGUACAAGGUGAAGGAGUCCAAGGACCUCGACAAGGCCACGGCGGAGGCCACGUCGGACCGCUCCGGCGUCCAGACGGAGCUGGCCGCCGUCAACAAGUACUUGGAGUCGCUGCACGCCCAGUGCGACGAGUCGGUGGACAGCUACGAGGAGCAGGUCCGCCGCCGCACCGCCGAGUUGGCUGGCCUGAAGCAAGCGCUCACCAUCCUGGAAGGCGAGGCCGCGCUCCUGCAGCAGGCGUCGCGCCGCAAGGCGCGCCGCGCCGGCCAGCAGCUGCGCGCCUGAGCGGCCCCUCGCGCGACGUCGCGCGCGGCCCGGCGCGCGCGCGCCGAGGCCCCGACGAUCG